ACAAAAUACAGUCACCAACAUCACAAAUUCCUCUUCCUAUAAAUACCCAUUUUCAUUUCUCUCCCCCAUCCCCCAUCCCCCACCACUACUACUCUCCUAAUUCUUCCUAUAUAUCCUUUCUUUCUUCCUAUAUAUCCUUUCUUUCUUCCUAUAUAUCCUUUCUUUCUAUUAACACUUAACACUCUCUCUGUACACCCAUACAAUGACUGCCCAAGUGCUCCCCGAACAAUCCCUUCAGUCCAAUAUUCACCUCUUGGCUAGAGACAAUAACUCCCCUCCACCAUUCCACAAAAGACUGGAGGGGAAAGUGGCCAUCGUGACCGGCGGCGCUAAGGGAAUCGGAGAAGCUACAGUUAGGCUAUUCGCCAAACACGGAGCCAAAGUAGUAAUCGCGGAUGUGGAGGAUAUCCUGGGCCAGGCUUUGGCCGACACUCUUUCUCCAUCCCCAGUAUCCUUCGUCCACUGUGACGUCAGCUCCGAGGAUGACGUGGAGAGGCUAGUCAGCACCACCGUCUGCCUUCACGGGCAUGUGGACAUCAUAUUCAACAACGCCGGUGUGCUUGGCAGCCAAUCCAAGUCCCACAAGAGCAUCCUUGACUUUGACCCCGACGAGUUCGAGCGCGUCAUGAGAGUGAAUGUCAAGGGCGUAGCCUUGGGGAUCAAGCACGCCGCGCGCGUCAUGAUCCCCAGAGCCACCGGAUGCAUAAUCUCCACCGCCAGCGUGGCAGGCGUCUUGGGAGGCCUUGGCCCACACGCGUACACCGCAUCUAAACACGCCAUCGUCGGACUCACCAAGAACACAGCCUGCGAGCUAGGCCGGCACGGCAUACGUGUGAACUGCAUUUCUCCAUUCGGAGUUGCGACGUCGAUGCUCGUCAACGCGUGGAGAGCCGACGUGGAGGAGGAGGACCAAUGUAUGAACUAUGGGGUUCCUUCGGCGGCUGAGGUGGACAAGAUGGAGGAGUUCGUUAGGGGUCUGGCCAAUCUGAAGGGCCCCACAUUGAGGCCGAAGGACAUAGCCCAAGCCGCGCUUUAUCUCGCCAGUGAUGAAUCCAAGUACAUCAGUGGUCAUAAUCUUGUCGUCGAUGGUGGAAUUACCACUUCUACGAAUUGUAUUGGAUUGUAAACUUUUCUUUAUUUUUUUCUCUCUCCAGGUAUUGAUGAUAUGCCUGUUGAUUGGUAGUUUUGGAGUAGGAUUAAUUGUUAUUAUUAUUCUUUUUUUUUUUUUUUUUUAAUUUUUUUAAUCGUUGUUUUGUUUGUUCUAUAACUAUUUGAAGUAGUACAAUAGAUGAAUGAAUAUGCAAAUAUUAGUUAGUUGUUCUA